CGCUCACGGCUCGGCUCGCUCCUACGGCUGCGGGAACGCGGAAGACGCGUGGACCUGUGUGAGGACCCACGGUCUGGGCUGUGCAGUGCACCUAUGAUAUGUUAUUUAGAAAUAGAUGUUAAACUUUGGUUUGAAUGAAGAAUGUCUCUCAAUUCACCUCUAUUUCUCAAAGAAAGUGAAGAAAAUUCAAAAUUUGUAGAAUCCAAACAAUCACAAAUAACUUCCAUAGCCUCAGAAGAUCCCCUUCAAAACUUAUGCUUAGCAUCUCAAGAAGUUCUUCAAAAAGCUCAGCAAAGUGGGAGAUCAAAAUGUCUCAAAUGUGGUGGUUCAAGAAUGUUCUACUGCUAUACAUGUUAUGUCCCAGUUGAAAAUGUGCCUGUUGAACAAAUUCCACUUGUAAAGCUUCCAUUGAAGAUUGACAUCAUUAAACAUCCAAAUGAAACAGAUGGCAAAAGUACUGCUAUUCAUGCAAAACUCUUAGCACCUGAAUUUGUAAACAUUUAUACAUAUCCUUGUAUUCCAGAAUAUGAAGAAAAGGACCAUGAAGUUGCACUUGUUUUUCCUGGACCUCAUUCUGUCUCAAUAAAAGAUCUUUCUUUUUAUCUACAAAGAAGGAUUCAAAAUAAUGUUAGAGGCAAAAAUGAUGACUCUGACAAACCAUCAUUUAAACGCAAGAAAACUGAAGAGGGCUGUGAUUUAAAUGACAGCAAGUACACAGGCGCAGCACUGAAAAAAGUAAUAUUUAUAGAUAGCACCUGGAACCAAACAAACAAAAUAUUCACUGAUGAGCGACUUCAGGGGUUGUUACAAGUUGAAUUGAAAACAAGAAAAACUUGCUUUUGGCGCCAUCAAAAAGGAAAGCCAGAUACCUUUCUUUCCACAAUUGAAGCCAUUUACUACUUUCUAGUAGACUACCAUACUGAUAUAUUAAAAGAGAAAUACAAAGGACAAUAUGAUAACCUUUUAUUUUUCUAUUCUUUUAUGUACCAGUUGAUUAAGAAUGCCAAAUGCUCUGGAGAUAAGGAAGCAAGAAAACUUAUCUCUUAGUUUUUAACAAGAGGCCUGUGUCAUUUUAUUUUGCUAAAAUUAAUGAAUUUAUAAUUAUACUUUGUUUAUUUUUGGUAAAUAAUCAUGUAUAAUACUUGUAAGACCACUCGAAAAAAUUUCAUUUCAUUUGUUGCUCAUCAUAUUUAGGAAAUUGUAGCUAAGGGAUUUUUUUCAGAGAUAAUUUAACCAAAAAUCUUAUUUUAGAAGUUAUUUGCUCAAAUUCGGCAUAUCUCAAUCUCACCACCACAUUUUAAUAUCAUAAAGUGUUAUAUUUGUAUAAUUUGAUAUAUCAUAAACCUAGUUAUAUGGUAUUAGAUAUUUGUUUAGAGAUCUUUAUAUAUUUUCAGCACCACUUUGGAACCACAUGAGGUCAGCUGAAAAAGAUAUGAUAAGUGAUUUGUUUGAGGUUAAUGGCAAACACAGGUAGACCUAGAAUUAGAAUUCCAGUCUGUAGGACUAUUUCUUUAAGUUCACAUUUCUUAUGAUGUUGCUUUUUACAUCUGCCUAGCCUCUUUUUUAGGGGAAAAUUGCUAACAAUUAUGUUGUUCUGCUGUAAGGCCAACAUGUGACCCAGUUUUGCAAACUAAGUGCCCUCACGCCCUGAACACAGUGAUUAAUCCAGGAAUGAACUCAUGACCCAACAGUACUAGGGUCCUUCUAGAUAAGUGAUACGGAUACUGUAGGAGAUGAGGUUUAUAGUUCAAAAGGCAGUAGGGGAUAGUAGUUACAAGAACCAAGUUUGGAGCUAGAGUACCUAAUCUAAAUUUCAGCUUUUCUUUUUUGACUUUCCAGCUGUAAGUCAGUUUCUUUAUAUGUGAAGAGUGGGUAAUAUUAAUGCAUUUGUGUAUCAAUAUAGUACAUUAGUAUAUAACCUUAUAGUAUUAUUUGGAGAAUUAACUAAAUUGGGGUAUCUAAGAAACUUUAAAUAGUACCUGAAUAUAGUAAGUGCCAUAUGUGUGUUUACUUUUUUUAUUACUUUAUUUGGAGUUACGAAGCAGCCUAGAGCUGCUGGUGGCCAUCUGCUCUGCUGCCUCGUAAAUAGCUUGCCUUAGAAUGAUGGCAGCAAAGGAAACAGAGCAGAGAGACUGAGUCCUGGCAAUGGUGUUUAAUCACUGAGAUCUAGCUGCUUGUGGCUGGAACUCUGCUGUGCUGGGUAGCUUCUCUUUAACCCUCCAAAUUCACCCUCCACUCUUUUCCGUCCUGUGCUCUGCUCCAUGAGGUAGGUUCCUUGCUCUCUAGCUUUUGUUUGGGUUAAACAAAUGGGAAGCACUUGUAGAUUGUGAGGAAAAUGAAAUUAUGUUUUUAUUUCCCUAGCUCUUUUCCUGCCAGGUCACCAUGGGUUAGCUAUUUUCCUGAAUGCCAUGUCAUCAGACAUCUCUUCCCUUCUUAAGCAGUUAUCUUAUUUCCCUCUCUAGGUUCAGAUCCCCACUCCAUCCCUUUCCUUGUUUUCACAUAGAAGUAGUAAUGGCUUCCAGUCGUUACUAGCCCAGGGUGGUUCAUUGCCCUUUUCUGUGGUCCUUAAUCCCUGCUUAUAUUUUUAUAAAAUGUCAUUUUCUUAUACUCUUCCCAAAUGUGCUCUUUUAAAGUUAUCUUGUUUCCUUUUUGGUACUCUGAUAAAUUCAUACAUCAGAUGCUAAAAAUAGCAGUAUAUUUUCUAAAACAUAUAUAGCAGGACAUAUAACAUGUUUUAUGGGAAAAAAAAGCAGACAAGAUUUUGGUGAAAUUAGUUUGUUUCUAUUAUAUUUCCCUCUUAGAAAUUCAAAAGGCACAGCAUAUUAAAGGUUUUGAAAAGCCCUGAAAUAAAUAGCAUUUUGAACUUGA